CCUCCGACUGCUCCCAGUCACCCCUCCGGCGCUCAGUCACCCUCGGCUGCUCCCAGUCACCCCUCCCCCAGUCACCCCUCCGACGCUCUGAUCACCUCCAGGCUUGCUCCCAGUCACCCCCUCCGGCUUGCUCAGUCACCCUGGGCUUGCUCCCAGUCACCCCUCCGCGCUCCCAGUCACCCCUCCGACGCUCCCAGUCACCCCUCCGACAUCCAGUCACCCUCCAGAAGCAGCUCCCAAAGUCCACCCCUCCGACGCUCCCAGUCACCCCUCCGACGCUCCCAGUCACCCCUCCGACGCAGCUUGAUCACCCACUCCGACGCUCCCGGUCACCCUCGCAUUGCUCCCCAGUCACCCUCCGGCUCCCAGUCACCUCCGACGCUCCCAGUGCCUCGGCUUGCUCCAGUCACCCUGGAAGCGCUCCCAGUCUUUCGAGCAUCCGAUGCCUCCAAACGCUCCCCAGUCACCCCUCCGGCUUGCUCCGAGUGCCUCAAACGCUCCCCAAUUCUGCCCCUCACGGCUCCCCAGUCACCCUCCGACGCUCCCAGUCUUCCUCCGACGCUCCCAGUCGCCUGCGACGCGGUGGUCCUUUCCGGCAGCUCCAGUCACCCUCGACGCUCCCGGUCACCCCCCUCCGACGCUCCACGGUCGCCCUCCGACGCUCCCAUCUCCUCCGACGCUCCAGUCUGCCCUCCGACGCUCCCAGUUGCCCCUCGGCGCUCCCAGUCACCCCUCGACGCUCCCAGUCACCCCUCCGACGCCCGUCCUCAGGAAUUGGUAAUCAACUCAAUUGAUCAGCUUCCAGGAAUUGCAGAUCUAACUGCACUUGAUUAG